UCAUUUAUGAUGCGUUUUACCAGACAUAAUGCAAAACAGAAAAAAGGUAAAAAGUCUAAAUAACAGGUGAAAUGUAUGUGAUCAAUUUAUUUCCAGCUGACCGUGAUGACUGUGGUUUGUGCGGGUUUCAGCUGGCUGGAUACUGUCAUAUCUGUUGGCUCAGCCUCUGAUGUCACUGAAUGAGCAGUCGGGCUUCCAGUGAGCACCUUCGGGGACGCAGCGGUGGCACAGGCAGUGAAUCUUCUUGCUCGUCCACACAGCUGUCCAGAAGAUCCUCUAGUUUUUGUCAUAUUUCCAGCAUCCGAAUUUCAAUCUGAUGUGCGUCCUGUCAGACACCCCUUCACCAGUCUGCUUUUAUUUGAAUUGAACUUUUUGGAAGCAGGAAAAAAAAAAAAACAGCAGUCGUCAGAAAUUCAGCUCUCCAGACCGAUAUCUGUUUAAGCUGAACGGACAGUUUACGCCCAGCAGCCUCAGCAGCAGCAGCAGCAGCCCGGCCGGUGCAGGCAGCGCUCAGCGCCAUGGAGAGCAGCGUGGUGCACAUCUACAAAGAGGACAGGUGUCCCUCGGGCCAGCCAGAGGAGUGCAUCCCAAACUUCACCUGGCAACCCGGCGUAUCGGACAUCUUCAACUACACACCCAACGGCACAUGGGACAAUGAACCCGAGCCCAUGUCGCCCAUCAUCCCCAUCAUAGUCGCGGUGUACUCCGUGGUGUUUGUGGUGGGUUUGGUGGGCAAUUGUUUGGUCAUGUACGUCAUCAUUAGAUACACCAAAAUGAAAACAGCCACCAACAUCUACAUCUUCAACCUGGCUGUGGCCGACGCUCUGGUCACCACCACCAUGCCCUUCCAGAGCACCGACUACCUGCUCAGCUCCUGGCCGUUUGGCGAGGUGGCGUGUAAGGUCUUCAUCUCCAUUGAUUACUACAACAUGUUCACCAGCAUUUUCACCUUGACCAUGAUGAGCGUGGACCGCUACGUGGCCGUUUGCCACCCGGUCAAGGCCCUGGAUUUCCGCACGCCAGUCAAGGCCAAGAUCAUAAACGUGAUCAUCUGGGUGCUGUCGUCUGCUGCCGGGAUCCCCGCCAUGAUACUUGGCAGCACUAAAACCAAUAACGGGACUACAGAGUGUGCUCUACAGUUCCCAGAGCCUUACACCUACUGGGACACGCUGAUGAAGAUCUGUGUCUUCAUCUUCGCCUUUGUGGCACCAGUAAUCAUCAUCACCGUCUGCUACACACUGAUGGUCAUGCGGCUGAAGAGCGUGCGCCUCCUGUCGGGCUCACGCGAGAAGGACCGCAACCUCCGCCGAAUCACGCGCCUGGUGCUGGUGGUGGUCGCCGUGUUCGUGGUGUGCUGGACACCCAUCCACAUCUUCAUCCUGGUCAAGGCGCUGUCGGCCAACGUUCCUGAGACCACCGCCGUCAUGGCCGCCUACUUCUUCUGCGUGGCGCUGGGUUACACCAACAGCAGCCUCAACCCCAUCCUCUACGCCUUCCUGGAUGAGAACUUCAAGAGGUGCUUCAGGGACUUCUGCUGCCCCGGUGCCAAAGGACACGGGGACUGCCAGGGGGUGAGCCGGGUGAGGAGCACCCUGCGGGACCACUCGUGUCCCACUGAAGCUCGGGGAGAUGUAAGGCAGGCCAGGCCUGUAUGACUAGCCAUGGACAUGUCCUCUUUGCCCUGUCAGGGCUGGGAGGACUCCAAUGACCUGGGAUUGACUCAAAUUACCACUGCCAUCUAACGGAGAGGGCUAGUUUCUAUGUACUUAUCCAUAAUUGCUGGCCAGAGAAUUCAAAAGCAUGUUGCAUUAAAGGAUAUUCUACAUUUUUCUUAUUGACAGCAAAUCUCAUGUACAGACCAAAACCAACAAAGGAUAGAUUCUACUAUACCCUGAUAUAUUUUAUUCCUCCACUGUUGUUAAAAAACUAUGAAAAACACAUCAAUGAGGCACAUUGUUGCACCAGGCGACGUGUUCCUUCAUCACGUCACAUGUCAUAAACAAGCACUGUCAUUAUUUUUGACUUUAUCCUCCUGUAAAUUCUCACUGCAUCACCAAAUGUGUAUGAAUCAACCACUGAAAAUAGUCCCCAAACAAAUGCAUAGGCCUAAUUGACUCCUGUUUAUGUAUCGUUAAAAAAAAAAAAAACAGUCCCCAUCAUUUUUAGAAAACUACUGAGCCUUUUUGGAAAAUUAAACUAUAUGUUUGUGACCUGUUUACAUCCUCUUUAGGAACCAGUGUGCCACAGCCAGGGUAGGGAUAUAGGGAAGUAAUUAGUGACGGAAUAACACAUUGUUGGGUUUGGUCUUAUCACGGGACAUCCUUUAAGGUGAAGUUUAGAUUAAACACCGAUGACAUAGUGAUGAUUAAAGUUCAAAGAUGCCUCUUGAAUCACCGGCCAGUUAGAUCCUGAGUCAUUGUAUAGUGUUCAUAAUUUAUGAGCUUCUGAGGAAAUUGAAGCUCAGUGUAUUUAUCACAUAGUGUAUAUCAACAAUGAAGAGAUGAUGGAAGAUGUCAAACAAGGCAAACCAAAAGUAUUUUGUUGUGUAGCUAUAUUUGCAUUUUGUUAACCUGAUCUGUAAAUUGUCAAGUGAUCAACUGAUAUUUUGUGCACAGAAUAAAAAAAAUGAUAAUUGUCCCUGAAUUAGUUUCAGGAACAGCCCGCAGCAUUAGUGUUGUUUUACAAGAACUGCGUUUUAAGUGAAUUGUAGUUUGGUGCCUAGCUGUACUGUAAAUUUGUACAUAGCCUUUGAAGGGUCUCGCUUUGGCAGUAAACCCAUGUAGGAUACUUAAUAACCUCUCAGGGAUCAUCCUCUGUAAUUCACUGCAAGAAGAUACUGAAUCAACGUUGUUUUCCUCAUUGACAAGAUGGUUGACUUUGACGAGGCUUCGAAAACAUCUGCAUCCGCUGUUGUUUAAAGCCGAACCUUUGUGAAACUGUUAUUACAUCUGACACUGCUCCACACCUUUGAACAGCUGCGUCACAUCCAGGAGAUGUCAACAAUUGUAAAUAGUAUUGUCGACCUGGCAUGUUCUCGCCUUGUCUCAAACUACCGAUACAUGUGAACACUGGGCAGAGGGCUCCAAGGCAACAGCCGACAUGACAAUAACAUACUGUAACCACACAGCAGGGCUUUCAGUGUUUUCUUAUUUUAUUUUCAAUCUAACGUUUACGCUGUAAAUCUCACUGCUCAACACGUCAUCUUUUCAGCUCCGUAGCCAAGCAUUUGUGAGCUUAUCCUCGUGAAAAUUAGGUUUACUCUCAGCAAAAGUUCGGUUUUGUUUUUGUAUUGUGUACUGUAAAUGUUGAUUGAUAAUAGACAACCUGAAAUCGUGAUGUUGAGCAGUUAUUUUUAAAUAGCAAUGCGUGGGCUUUUCAGCUUUAUAUGUUUGAUAUCGGCUGCACUGAUUCUUUCCUGGUAGGCCGUGUUCUUGAAUGAAUCAGUUCAUUAUGACGACUAAUGUGAAUGUACACAGAUAAGGAAUGUUUUUGAUAGUAAACAGUCAAUUUAUUUCAUUUCACAUGCUUUGAACCACUGUUUGUUGUGCUGUAUUUUUCAUCUUUGUCAUCUUGUGACUGAUUUACUGCCUUGGUUUCCUGAAUUAUUGUAGCUUUUAAAGGAGUCGAAUCAACCAGAUUUAAUAGAACCAAAGUGUUUUUCUUAAUAUAGAGCUUACCAUAAAUAUAUUAUCUGCCUAGAUCUGAUAAAGAUACAGUAGUUAUAGCGGAUGUGUUUUUGUGCCUUGUUUUGUGUGCCUUAUCCUUGGUCUCUUAACUCAGCUAGUUUGCUUGCUCUCAAAGAUCAGCAAUUAACCACGUCCAUUUUUGUGAUCAUUUUUAAGAAUAAGAAAAUAUAUCCUCUAUAUAAGCUUACUGCUGAAAGUUACUGUAGCAUUAUCUCUUCCUAUUGGUCUUACAGUGGACAUCCCACUAUUAGCUUGGUUACAGUGUGCUUCUUAAUCAUUUUUUUAAUACUGUAAUUUAUAUGUUAUAUAAUAUGUUAUAAUAUGUUAUUUAAUGGACAAGAUGUCAUUCUUCUUGCCUACACUGCUCAUAAACACAUGAUCAGCCAAAGUCUGACCACCAUGUAUGUAUAAUGUGCUGCUGCUUUGUAAACUGUAUAUUUAUAUUUUGCUCUAUCUUUUAGCUCUGAAUGUCAGAACAUGCUUCAUACAUGUGCAACUAAGUCACAAUAAAGCUGGAAAAUGUGA